AUGCUGAACGCUACAGUAAGCGCUUCAAGGGCUGCAAGGUCGAUCGUGAGCGUUGCCCAGGUGGCGCGCCCGGCAUUGUACGGCUCUGCGCGACCCUCGAACACCCUAGCCCAUACCUCUCCCAGCUCAUCUCGAGCUUUGAGCAAAACCCAUAACUUUGGCAAGGCCAAGAAGAUCAAAACGCCUCCAUUUGCUUCCACCGACGACGAUGUAGUCGUUCCGUACCCGGAAGAUAGCUCACGUCACCCGCGCGACGAUGUUGGACACAACACUACAGGCGGCCGCGUCGGACGUCACACACAACGAACUCUCGCAAGCUUCUCGAUGGAAGGCAAGGUCUGCGUCGUUACUGGUGCUGCUCGUGGUAUCGGCAACUUGAUCGCACGUACCUUUGUUGAGUCUGGUGCGAAUCAUGUUGCUAUUGUCGAUCUUGAUGAAGGCGAAAGCCAGCAUGCUGCUAAAGAGGUUGAUGAGUGGUUCACCAACCAUGGUGGUGUUAAGCCAGGCGAGCUCGACAUUCAGGGCUAUGGCUGUGACAUAUCGGACGAGGUUCAGGUGCAAGACGUGAUCAAUCGCAUCCAUCAGCGCUUCGGCAAGAUCAAUGUGGCUGUCAACUCUGCCGGAAUCGUGGAAAACUUCCCGGCUACCGAAUACCCCACCGCCAAGCUCAAAAAGCUUUUUGACAUCAACAUCAACGGCUCGUACUUUGUCGCUCGCGAAGUGGCCAAGCGCAUGAUGCAAGACAAGGUGCAAGGCUCGAUUGUCAUGAUUGCUUCCAUGUCUGCAUCGGUUGUCAACGUACCGCAAGCUCAGGCCCCGUACAAUGCAUCCAAGGCAGCCGUCAAGCAUCUUGCCAAGUCGAUGGCGGUGGAGUGGGCCAAGGCCGGCAUCCGAGUCAACUCACUCUCGCCCGGAUACAUGCUCACGUCGCUCAGCCGUGCCGUGUUGGAGAACAGCCCGAACGGUAAAGAGCUCCGCACCAAUUGGGAGAAUAUGACCCCGAUGGGUCGUCUAGGCAAUCCUGAGGAUCUCAAGGGCGCUGUCGUGUACCUCUCUAGUGACGCUUCCGCCUUUACCACUGGCGCCGAUCUUAUAGUCGACGGCGGCUACACGUCUGUGUAA